AUGGAUAGCACGAGGAAUUCACCGAACGUUGUGGAACUGCGAGGAUCCUCGAGGAUUGUUUCUGAUUUCUUUGGUAAGUUGCAGGAUCCUAUGGGGCCUUUCUGGAUUCAGAGCAUUACUGACUUUUUCUCAGAAUAUAGCAUUCACAGCAUACUAUACCAACGAGGAAUAUACCCAGCUGAGGACUUCCAGGUCAGAAAAAAAUACGGUUUGAAUAUGAUGGUUUCCAUCAACGAAGAGGUCAACGCAUACGUGAAGAAGAUCAUGAGCCAACUACAAAAGUGGAUCAAGAGUGGAGGACUAUCUAAACUCGUGAUUGUCAUCUCGUCAAAGGACUCCGGAAAGGUGGUGGAGAGGUGGCAGUUUGACGUGAAAAUUGCCGAGAAACAGGAGACUUCACAUGACCAAGAGGAACCAAGACCGAAGCUUAAGGAGGAAGUUCAGAGGGAAAUCCAGACGGUGAUAAGACAAAUCACGGCAGCCGUGACGUUCUUGCCCCAGCUGGAUAACGGGGACCAUUCGUUCAACGUGCUUGUAUACACCGAUGGCGAGUCCGUAGUGCCAAAUGAAUGGAUAGAUUCAGAUCCUAAAGAUGUCGAGGGUGACAAUGUGGAAAAUGUGAAUUUCCGAAACUUCAGCACUGACAAGCACAAGGUGGGGGCUCUGGUGAGCUAUUCUUUGACGUGA